AUGGCGCCUCCUACUACAGCAACUGCUACUAUUACGAAAUUUCUUCUUACAGAGGUAGGUUCAAGAAAUGGACCGAUUGAAAGUAUUAUCUUAGGACUAUUGGAAAAUUUACGAAGCUUAUUAUUAAACGGUUCAGAUAACUUUCCUGUUUUAGACCCUUUUUUUAUCGAAAAUAUUAAUAUAGAUGGAGGAGUUAUUGGUUUGCACAACUCCUAUAUCACAAUCAACGAUUUAUGGGUACGAAACCUAGCAUCUUUUGAGAUGGAGGAGAUCCAGUUUAGGAUAGAGUCCUUAAUACUUCAGCGAUAUAGGCUCGACUUCAAUUUGGUCAUUCCAGUUAUAAAUGUUAACGCAAGUAAUUAUGACAUGCACCUUAAUGUGCUUGGUGGUGAGGUAUUUGGAAAAGGAGAUAUGAGUCUUAACAUUGUAAACACUAGAGUUAAUGGACACGUCGUGGUCGGUAUCAGGUCGAACGUUAAUGGUACUUUCCUGUUUAUGCAUGAAUGCAGAAUAAGCUUUGGAAUGGAUUCGUUCGAUGUGCGUAAAUUGUAA